AUGAACGCACUUCUCUUCUCGAGCAGCAAGGAGCCGAUAAAAAUCAACGAGGGCAGUGGCGAGCAAGCGAUCGACAUUGGGGAUUCCGUUUUAUUAGAGAUCACUCAGUUCACCGAGGAAGCCGGGGAGCUUACUAAAACCAGCGACGAGCAGCGGAUCCGCAUCCGCGAGAAGUCCGGCAAUUUCCAGCGCAUCCUCGCUCACACGCUCGGGCUGAAGAAGGCCGCCCAGAUCUUUGUGUGCCCAAAACCCGGCGAGGCGCUGCUCAUCGUCGUCAAGAAGCACAAGAAGGCCAAUGACGACACGAGAAGCACCCUCGAUGCGGGCAGCGAGAGGGACCGCUCGGUGACGCCGAGCUCGGAAAUCGUGGAGGGCGCGGUGGUGGUGGAAGAAGAGCUGAAGGAGGAAAUUUCACCAGCCAAAAACAGCGUGCUCGAGCAAAUGGCCAAGUUGGGGCAGCCGAUCCUCGGCAUGGCCCCACUCCAUGGCCCAAGCUUGACCUGCCGGAAG